AUGGAUACCUGCAGCAUUAGCCUCCCCGCUCAGAGACAGUGGAGCUCUCCUAGCUCAGACUCAGAGUUCUACAGCGUCUCGUCCCCCGAGACAAUCUCCCCCGCUCCGUCAGUGGACUUCAACUGUUCCCCGUCCUUCCGUCCUUCUGGAAGGGCGGUGGCCAAAGCUGAGGAGGUCAGCUCCAAAACGGCCAGCACUCCCGUGUCUCUGAAUUCUGUGGGACCCGUCAGGAGGAGCCGGAGAGCCCGGCUGAAGAACCCGAGCGAGCAGCGUCAGAGUGCCAGCGAGAAAGAGAAGCUGAGGAUGCGGGACCUGACCAAAGCUCUGCACCACCUCAGGACCUACCUGCCUCCGUCGGUGGCCCCCGUCGGCCAGACCCUGACCAAGAUCGAGACCCUGCGACUCACCAUCCGUUACAUCUCCCACCUGUCUGCCCAGCUCGGCCUCAGCGAGGAGUAUCUGUCUCAGAGGCAGCAGGUCGACAGCAUGGACGGCUGGCAAGCCCCACCGGACAUUCUGGGCUAUUUCCAGUGCAGGUCUACCACCAGGGCUUGGGGCCAAGGGCAAGAGCAUGGUGGCUGCAUUGAGCCACCUCCGAUCGGGAGCGGCGUGCACUGCACACGUCAGCAGCCGGACAUGUCCCAGUACCAUGGUCAGCAACCAGAGCCAUUGACAGAUGAAGUCUACACCACUGAUAUAAGCUCUUUACAGCAAGCUCAGUGUGCUCAGCUUACACAGUCCUGUCAGGUUUAUGGCUAUCAGCUUGUUCCGCAUGCCUUUUGGAGCUGA